ACAAUGGAACCAAGAUCAAGAAUCGCGUAGCCGAAGAAGAAAGAAAAAUAACCAAGAAAUGCCACCGAUGGACAGAGUGAUUGUGAUCAAAGAAGAAGAUCAAGAUCAAGAACAUGAAGAUGUGAUCAUAUGCUCAAGUGGGUCGUCGUCGUCGUCGAAGAACUCGACCGCUCCGAGGCCAAUUGAGGGGCUCCACGAGGUGGGGCCGCCGCCGUUCCUGAUGAAGACGUUCGAGAUGGUGGAGGAUCCGUCGACGGACGCCGUCGUGUCGUGGAGCGGAGGGAAGAACAGCUUCAUCGUCUGGGAUUCCCACCGGUUCGCCUCCACUCUGCUUCCCAAGUACUUCAAGCACAGUAACUUCUCUAGCUUCAUCCGACAGCUCAAUACUUACGGAUUUAGGAAGGUGGAUCCAGACAGAUGGGAAUUCGCAAAUGAAGGUUUCUUGGGAGGCCAGAAGCAUCUGCUCAAGACCAUCAAGAGGAGGAGGAACGUCGCGCAGAAUCAGCAGCAGCAUGGAGCAGCGGCCUGCAUCGAAUUGGGAGAGUUUGGAUUGGAAGGCGAGCUCGAGAGGCUGAGACGGGACCGCAACUUGUUGAUGUCCGAAAUUGUGAAACUGAAGCAGCAGCAACAGCACUCAAGGGGCCUGAUCACAGCAAUGGAAGAUAGGUUGCAGAGAACAGAGAAGAAGCAGCAGCAGAUGCUGACUUUCCUUGCUAAAGCGCUCAAUAACCCUUCCUUCGUUCAGAACUUGUCACAAAGAAAGGAAUUGCAGAGUCUUGGCAUGAGAAGGAAGCGGAGAUUGACUGCUAGCCCGAGCGAGGAGAAUUUGCAAGCAAACCAAGAUCUGGAAGAGUUGGCAUCGGCUGAAUCCGAUAUGGAGGCACUUCUCUAUGGCGCCUUGGACAACGAAUCAAGGAUCGACAUUGAAGACCCAAUCGGGAGUUCGAUGCCGGGGACCAUUAACGAUGAGUUGGAUACCGUGAAUGCAACGAUCUGGGAGGAACUACUGAAUGAAGACAUGAUUCCAGGCAAUCCGGAGGAAGUGUUACCCCUCGGCGACGAUGAGGAGUCGGAGAUCGAGGUGGAAAUGGAGGAUUUGGUUGAAAAUCCUCUGGACUGGGGAGAGGACUUGAAAGAGCUGGUGGACCAAAUAGGUUAUCUCGGAUCGACGCCGUGAUAGAUGUUCACUGAAUUGGUCUUUCACUGCAACACAACCACCACUCCUGACUAUAUAUGAAGAUUUGUGGUAGGUCAUCAAAUAAAAUCCAUGUCCUUAGUCGUUUCUCUCUUCGAGUGUGUAAUGAAAUUAUGUAUUUGUGUGCUAGUCUUGGCUUGUUAUCUGAUAUAGGAGUGUGUUGAGCAGGAGGGAAUGGUUGAGUCAAAAGUUGCAGUGGGGGACCAAAUAUCAAAUGUUGCUUGCCUGCUUGCUGGCUGGUUUCUCUGUAUCCUUAAUUCUGUGGUUUGUCUAGUAUUUGCUGAUGUUAAUGUUGAAUAAGUUCUUGCUGGUUUUGAUUUUUCCUGUUCUUUGAUUCAUUUUUGCAGGUGGAUUUGGUCGAAAGACUUGUCGAAGCCUCUCCAAAUUACAAAGCCCAAUUCAUGAUCCUCGCAGUUCUUUUCUUUCCACACCAUCAGAUUCUCUUAUUCAUUCCAAGCUAAGAUUGUACAGAUUUUGUUUGUUCCAUGUAAAUUCUUGGUUGACUGAGC